CCUAGACAUCGCGAACAAGAAAAAGAUCGCUCAUCAACUCCAUUUCCCAUUUCUAAUUCUCUAAAUUUUGUUUGUGAAUCAUUCAAUUCAGAGAUUCAUGCUAAAUUAUCGCUUCUUUCUCUUGCUCGCUAUCUUUCAUCAUUCAUUUUAUUGAUCAGAAACCAACCUUGGCAAGUAGCUCAUAAGGUGUUUGUUAAUUUGCCUCAACGAACUUUUCUAUUUCUUUCAAUUAGUACAUAUGUUUGAGUUGGUAACCUCUGGCACUUCACUUUAAAGGUUUUACAUCAGCAGCUUGAUUGGGUUGGUUUCUGCUAUCAACCUCAAAUUACAAAAGGAGAGCAUUCAGCAAAAGUUUCAAGCACGCAAUGUCUCUUAGAAGACCACCACUUCCUCGUAUCCUCCUUGAUAACGUCUCGUGCAUGAGAAACGCUCAACAGAUCUUACGCCAUGUCAAUGUUUCCAUGCACGACGGCGGGGCACUUGUUCUGACAGGCAGCAAUGGGUCAGGCAAGACCACCUUCUUACGAAUGUUAGCUGGAUUCUCUAAGCCUUCUGCCGGUCAGAUCCUUUGGAACGGUCAUGACGUGACGGAAUCUGGAGUCUUCCACCAGUAUAAGCUUCAGUUAAACUGGCUCUCUCUGAAAGAUGCCAUCAAGGAUAGGUUCACGGUCCUUGAAAAUGUCCAGUGGUACGAGGUUCUUGAAAGCAAGGAAGGGAAUUCAAUGCGGGCUAUCGAGUUGAUGGGGCUUGGAAGAUUGGCCAAAGAUAAGGCGAAAAUGCUGUCGAUGGGUCAGCGUAAGAGGCUUCAGCUUGCGAGGUUGCUGGCUAUAGACCGGCCGAUAUGGUUGCUAGAUGAGCCUUCUGUUGCCUUAGAUGAUGAUGGGGUGAAGUUAUUGGAGUACAUAAUCGCAGAGCAUAGAAAGAAGGGAGGGAUUGUAUUUGCGGCUACACAUCUGCCUAUAGAGAUUGAGGAUGCUAUGCGUUUGAGACUACCACCUCGGUUCCCUCGAAGAAUGACUCUGGUCGAUAUGCUCGAUCGAGCCGACAUCUCCUGAAACAAGAGAUUGAAUCUCAGUGCUGUGCACAUAGAAUUAGUCUUAUUUUAGCAUCAUCUGGUGUAAAGCCAGUAGAAUGAAUCACUAGUCUCCGUCAAUUUCAUGGAAGUCCCUUGUUGAUUGAAACCUUUAUACCUUAUUUUAAAAAGGCCUAAUCACUCAAAAACCCCUCACCUUUAAACUUUUUUUCAAUUCCACCCUGACAUUGAAAAUUUGUCAAUUUUACCCACUUUUGAAUUUUCCGUUUUCAAUUGUACCCCAAUAUUUUAAUUUUUGUUAAUUUUUUUACUUAAAUGAUGAAAUCAUUCAAUUAAUUAAGUCUAAACAUGAAAUUAAAUUCUUUUUUAUUCAAAAAAGUACAAAUAAGUCCUUUAUUUUUAAAAAAACUAAAAAUCAUAAUCAAAUUAACACUAAUUUAAAUUCUUAAUUAAUUUAACUAAAUUUAAAUAAAUUUUAAAAAUAUACAAUUAAUAUAUAUGAGACAUGGAGAAUAUUUUAAACAAAUUUCCAAACGCAAAAGACGUUAAUUUAAUUUUUCAGGGUACAAUUGAAACACAAAAAUGCAAAAUAGGGUAAAAUUGACAAAUUUUCAACGUCGGGGUAUGAUUGAAAAGGGGCUAAAAGGUCGGGGGUUUUUAAGACAUUAGGCCUUUUAAAAAUAAUUAAAGUUUGACAUUGGUUAAUAAAUAACUAUGUCCACUUAUUUAUAUUUUUAACUUAAAGAGGUAAUGUUUAUGUGAAAAA